GCAGUGGUUCGACUUGUCUGGCUCCCUGGGAGCUUGUUGUUAUUGAUUAUUGUGAAAGAGAAAGAUCUGUUUUCUAAAACACUUGGGGUCUUCCAACUUGAUUUACCCCAGGUGGAUGCUUCCAAGUGCUGGAGCCAGCCCUAAGCUGGAUUCCAAUAGACAUUUCAUCUACUUAGAUUUGUGUUAAUUUGUAGAGGGCCUCAGGUAGUGGGGGAAUGCUGGGUAAGCCCAGAGGGAAGCUGCUGACAAGGUCUGCUUUGGCUCCCCACCUCCCUCUGGUGUUGUCACCUUUCCUGGGAAGGCAAGCAGGGCGUGACCACCUGUGUUCUAUUUACACAUCAACAGCAGGGGCUUAUACUUACCCCAGGUGUUAACACAGUGGGCUGUGAGAUGUACCAUAGUUAGCACUUGCCUAGUGUGCUGGGUGAUAUAAUCAUGCUGAGGUAUUUAAGGGCUGGAAAGACUGGAAAGAGUCACUUCAUUUUGGACCAUCCUGGUGGCUCUCCUGCCUCCUUCACUCCUCCACUAAGACCGAGGCUGGUCCCGAGAUCCUCCAGAGAGCUAGUCCGGACACUACCUUUUGGCACCCGACGUGGGCCUCUAGAAAGUGUAGAAUAUUUUGUCUCCCCAAUUUGGGGCUCAAGGAAGCACACUGUGUUUGGUGCCCAAGUGAGGCCCUAGAAGUGAGGCUCUGGACGUUAAGCCCUAUUUUCAGCAGCUCAACUGACAGGAGUGUCAAGUUCAGUGGAGAAGUCCCCAAGAUCUGUGAAGACUCUGAUCAUCCCCAGGCAGCAGAUGGAGCCCAUGGAGGGUGUGACUUCUGGCUUUCCCAUGGCCCCCAUUCAGGAACCAGGGACCUUCCAGGAUGUGGCCGUGGACUUCACCUGGGAGGAGUGGAUGAUCCUGGAGCCUGCUCAGAGGGCCCUGCACAGGAACGUGAUGCUGGAGAACUACCAGAACCUGGUCUCUGUGGGGAUUCCCGUUUCCAAACUGGAUCUGAUCUCUCUGUUGGAGAAGCAAGAAGGAGCCUCCAGUCUCAAGAACAGAGACUCCAGUGGGUCUCAUCAAGAUGUACUUACUGAUCAUCAGAGAACUCAGCCUGGAGAUAAACCCUUUGUGUGUAAGGAAUGUGGGAAAGGUUUUACUCGGAGGAACAAUCUCACUAGUCAUCAGAGAACUCACACUGGAGAGAAACCCUGUGUAUGUAAUGAGUGUGGAAAAGCCUUUAGCCAUCCAGGAAACCUUACUGUACAUCAGAGAAUUCACACUGGAGAGAAACCCUGUGUAUGUAAUGAGUGUGGAAAAGCCUUCAGCCAUCCAGGAAACCUUACUGUACAUCAGAGAACUCACACUGGAGAGAAACCCUUUGAAUGUAAUGAGUGUGGAAAAGCCUUCAACCGUCGAGGAAACCUUGCUGUACAUCAGAGAACUCACACUGGAGAGAAACCCUUUGAAUGUAAUGAGUGUGGGAAAGCCUUCAACAAUCGAGGAGGCCUUAUUGUACAUCAGAGGACUCACACUGGAGAGAAACCAUUUGUAUGUAAGGAAUGUGGGAAAGGUUUUAGUCAGAAAAACAGUCUCACUAUUCAUCAGAGAAUUCAUACUGGAGAGAAACCCUUUGUAUGUAAUGAGUGUGGAAAAUCCUUCAACUGUCAAGGAUACCUUACUGUACAUCAGAGAACUCACACUGGAGAGAAACCCUUAGUGUGUAAUGAGUGGGGGAAAGACUUUAGUAGGAGGUUUAGCCUUAUUACUCAUCAGAAAAUUCAUACUGGAGAGAAACAGAAUUUAUUGAAAUAGAUUUCAGACAGGAACCACUCCUUCACUGUCACCAGAGAAUUCAUAUGAUUCUGGCAAUUCAGAGGAGAAACAUCUAUCCUUUUUAAAAUAAUUCAUUGUGGCUCUUUUUGGUUAACAUUUCACCUGUACUUCUCAAGCUGGGCCUUUUUGAUCCCCUCCAAAUCCAACACAUGAAAAAACUGACAUUGUAUGUAUUGUUUCACACUGAGUCCACUAUACUUAUAAAGAAGAGGGGAUAGAGUAUCGUG